UUUGUGGGGAUGGAAGCAGCAGCAGCAGGUGGCUGGGUUAUCAGGAACCUCAGGAGUAGCAGAGAGUCUCACAUCAGCAGCACUGCAGGCAGACGCAGUAGCAGUGAUGGAGGAUUUAGUCCUGGGAGGAGGACCAACACUUCCACAGACACGACACCACAUCACCGCUCUUCACUGCUGGGAAGGCCACUGCUGCUCAGUGAGUGUAAUCUUGCAGAAGAGUCCUUUGAAAUUGUGGCCUCAGCUCUGCAGUCAGCCACCUCACCCCUGAGAAAGCUGGACCUCAGCAAGAAUAAGCUGGGGGAAUCAGGAGGGAAGCUGCUGAGUGCUGCACUGCUGAGUCCAAACUGUAAACUACAGACUCUGGAUGUGAGUUUCUGUCAGAUGGGAAAUUCAGGAGUGGAGCUGCUCUGUGCUGGACUGAGCAAAGUAUCUACUCUGAGAAUGGAUCAGUGUUGUUUCAGUGACAAUUCCUGUGAUCUCGUGGCCUCAGUUCUCCACCAGUCAGCCAACUCCCAGCUGAGAGAGCUGGACUUCAGCAACAAUAAGCUGGGAGAAUCAGCAGUGAAGCUGCUCUGUGCUGGACUGAGGAGUCCAGUGUGUGAUAUACAGGCUUUGAGACUCUGUGGCUGUAAGCUUAAUGAAAAGUCCUGUGAAAGUGUGAUCUCAGCUCUACAGUCAGUCAUCUCAUCCCUGAGAGAGCUGGACCUAAGGAAUAAUAACCUGGGAGAUUCAGGAGUGGAGCAGCUCUGUGCUUUACUGAUGAGUCCAAACUGUAAAAUUCAGACUUUGAGGUGA